CCCUAAUAAAAAUUUCAAAUAAUCAAUUGACAUCUCGUUUAACUUCAAAUUUGACCCCAUAAUUCAGAUAUGUAAUCAGAAAUGAUUCCCAUCUCUAAAGAGAAUCAAAUAGAAAGACAGUACGACAAGACAAGCAGAUAUAGGCAAAGCUCUCUCUGUCCUCUUCGUUCUCUGUAUAAACAUACACAUGCAUAUACACUCUUACAUGACAAUUAGAAAGAAACCCAUGAGAGGGAUGUGAGUUUCUCUCUCUCUCUCUCUCUCUCUCUCUCAAUCAAACAAUCUUAUUUGGUGGAGUUUGUGGCCAUUUUUGGUGGCCAUGAUGGAGUUGGGCUUCACUUGGGUGGUGUUUGUGGCCAUUUUUGGUGGUGUGGUGGCUCUGAAGUGGGUACUUCGAAGUGUGAACUUGUGGCUCUAUGAAACCAAGUUGGCUGACAAGAGGUUCUCUCUGCCUCCAGGUGAUUUGGGUUGGCCUUUCAUUGGCAAUAUGUGGUCCUUCCUUAGAGCUUUCAAGUCCACUGACCCUGACUCUUUCAUCUCCAGCUUUGUUGUCAGAUUUGGACACACUGGAAUGUACAAGACCUUCAUGUUUGGGAGUCCAAGUAUCAUAGUAACAGUACCUGAGGCAUGCCGGAGAGUUUUAUCAGACGACGAAUCGUUCAGACCAGGCUGGCCUACUUCCACAUUGAACCUCAUUGGGAAGAAGUCAUUCGUCGGCAUUUCAUCUGAUGAACAUAAGAGGCUGCGUCGAUUAACAGCUGCACCGGUUAAUGGUCAUGAGGCAUUGUCCAUGUAUAUGGGGUACAUUGAAGAUAAUGUAGUAUCAGACUUGGAUAAAUGGGCAAGCUUGGGACAAGUAGAGUUCUUAACUGAACUUCGAAAGCUUACGUUUACGAUAAUCAUGCACAUUUUCCUAAGCUCAGAGAGUAAGCAGGUGAUGGAAGCUUUGGAGAGAGAGUACACAGCUCUUAAUUAUGGAAUUAGAGCCAUGGAGAUUAAUAUCCCCGGAUUUGCUUACCAUAAAGCCCUCAAGGCACGGAGAAAAAUGGUGGCGAUUUUUCAAUCCAUAGUGGAUGAGCGAAGGGAGCAUAGAAGGAAGAAUCCACCAACAUCGGGAAGAGACAUGAUGGAUGCUUUGAUGGAUGUUGAAGAUGAGAAUGGUAGAAAAUUGGAUGAUGAGGAAAUCAUAGAUGUUCUUGUAAUGUACUUGAAUGCUGGUCAUGAAUCUUCUGGACACAUAACAAUGUGGACUACUAUUUUCCUACAGAAGCACCCUGAAUUCUUCCGAAGAGCUAAGGAAGAACAAGAGGAAAUCAUAAAGAACAGACCACCUACACAGAAUGGUUUGACACUGAAGGAGGUUCGACAAAUGAAGUACCUGUCCCAGGUGAUCGAUGAAACACUUCGUUUAUUGACUUUCUCAUUUGUGGUCUUCCGAGAGGCUAAAACAGAUGUCAAUAUAAGUGGGUAUCUGAUUCCCAAGGGAUGGAAAGUUAUGACCUGGUUUAGGAGUGUUCACUUGGAUCCUACAAUUUAUCCCGACCCAAAGGAGUUUAAUCCUUCCAGAUGGGAUGAGCUUACACCCAAAGCAGGAACUUACCUCCCUUUCGGAGCAGGUUUGAACAGUUUGAUUCUGAGUGCCCCUUAA